GUGUCAUAGGCAGCUACACCUAUAAAUGUAAAACACACUUAAAAGAAUUUGGGUUGUUUUCCAGCAAAGGACACAAGUUGACACAAAUCGACACAAGUAUCAUUCUGUCUUUGUUCGAUAUUCAAUGAGCAACAGAGAGAAUAAUACUUUUGUGUCGCUUGUGUCUCUUGGUGGAAAACUACCUUGUUAGACGUAAGAUCUGAUUAUGAGAAAAAGUUUAAUCGGUUAAGUUUCCUUGCUGAAAAACACUUAUAGUUGACAAAGAGCGAUACGUUUAAACUUUCUGUGUAUAAUCACAUUUUACGAGUUGAUACAAGGAAUUUGCUUGCUCGAUAUCAACCAAGAAUGGACUACUUCCUGGAUAAAUAUACUGAACAACGGAUUGAACAAAUAUCCUCUCAAUCUGUGUCCAAUAAAGAAGUGACUUCAGCAGAGAGCAUUAAAGAUGUUGAUGUUGAUAAGAAAUUUCUCAAAGUUAUAAAAUCAUUAUUUGAACUAAAAAAACAACAAACAAAUGAAUUUUCAAAAAAGAAUAAAUUGAUCCAUACCAUAAAAAUCAGAAUAGACCGUUUGUUUAAAGAUGUAACUACUUCAAAAAACACAAAAUUUGAUAACAUUGUUGUCCUGGCAAUAGCUAAUUAUUAUAUGGGUACAAUAUACACUGAAGACCCGAAAUCGGAAAAACUUUACUCUUUAUCUAUUGCUGAAGUCUAUUAUAAGAGAUGUCUAAAAUUGUUAAAGGAAAAGGAAUUGGAACGCAAAGCUAUAGUGAUAACUAUCAGAGUACUUGAUGAAUUAUAUGAGAUUUCAUAUAAACGCGAACAAUCAGAGAAAAGUUAUUCAGUUUUAAAUACAGCAAUGGAGCUGUAUUCGGAAUAUACAAAGGGAGAAAUUGAAUAUCCUGAUCCCAUAGAUUUGACAGUUAUUCUUGGUGUAAACUUUGAAGAAGUACAAAAUCCUAAAGUUUUAUUAGAACAACUUCAUUUAAAUAUUUUAAAGAACUUAUCAUAUCUUUAUUUGGACUAUUCCGAAAAGUAUAGAAGAUUUGUAGUAUGUAUUCAUGACAUAUUAAGUAAAAGAAUAAAAGAAACAAUGUCUUCAAAUGAAAAUAUUAUUUUUUGGGCUAUCACUUCACUUGAAUUAUCUUGUUAUUUCUUGCAUAAUUAUCUGUUCACUGAAGCUAGAAAUCAUAUUGCUGCUGCAGAAUACAUGACAAAUAUAUUCCAAAUUAAUGCACGGACAAAGAAUCAAGAGAAUCCUAUAUUACAUAUUAAUUUAUGUAAAUUGUAUGAAAUUGUACGUGGUUAUAUUUCUAGAUGCUGGGCAGCCUAUGGGGUUCAGCUUUUACAUAAAUCUGAAGAGAGAUUAUUACCGAGAAAAGAAGGUAACAUAUCAUGGGAGACAGAUGAUUCAAAAUCAGAAUCAUUCAUAGAGUCAGAAAAGGAUUUAAAAUUAUUAAUAUUUACUGAUUUAGAAAAGGACUUAAAAAAUGUGACUGCUCAGUUUACAGAUAAAUAUGUAUUCUAUUUGAAUGAUGCCAAAAAAAUAUUUGUGAAUGUUUUGGAACAAUUGGAUAUAGCAGAAAAAUAUUUUGAAUUUUCUGCAGAAAAUUUGUAUUUUUUUUUUGAAAAAGCACUACUAACUUCUAUGGCAUACCAAUAUUUAACAGAUUUUUAUCAAAGCAAAGAUAGGAAAAUGAAACUGACUACACGCCGAAUAGAUGUUUUAGAAAACUCUUUACAGCAAAUAAAAAUGUAUAGUAAUACUUCGCAUACAUCGCCUAAUGAAGAAAAUAUGCUUCAUAUUUAUAUGGAAUUAACAGAUGCUUACAAUAAACUGAUUUUUAUAAAAAAAGAGUAUUAAGAACAUUUUAAUAAAAAGUUUUAGACAUUAGUAUUAUAACAAUUUUUUUAAUAAGUUUAGAUUCAUUAGAACUAUUUU